AACCCCGUUUCCCCCGACAACAACGUUCGCAAAUCAUUUCAAAAUUGUCAUAUUUUUGUUGGCGAUGGUCAGUGGCAAAGAAUUCCGUUCGACUUUACGCAAACCACUACCUGGCGCCCCCAAACACAAAACCUGUCGCAUCGUUCCAGCAUUCACAAUUCAGGCGUUGCAAAAAGGCACUUGUGUUGUCCCUCCGCCCCGUUGCAAUGCACUUAAAGAGCAGCCCCCACGACCGACCAACUUCCGGACGAACUACAAACGCGGGGAUUUCCCCAUUGCAUUGGAGGCCAACGGUAAAAGAAUCUCAUGGAAGGCUGACAUAAAUAAACUGGAUUAUCACCACUACUUGCCCAUGUUUUUCGAGGGGCUGUCGGAGACGGAAAACCCGUACAAAGCCUUCGCCCAGCAGGGGAUUCACGAUAUGCUCACGUAUGGGGGGCCUAAGAUUUUCCCAUGCAUCCCACAACUGAUUAUUCCAAUUAAGAAUGCUCUCAAUACGAAAAACAAACAAGUGAUGUGCUCCACCUUGAGGGUUUUACAACAUUUAGUCAAGUCGGGGGACAUGGUUGGCGAAGCCCUAGUGCCCUAUUACCGCCAGAUUUUGCCCGUACUUAACUUAUUUAAGGAAAAAAAUGUAAAUUGUGGUGAUGGCAUUGAUUAUAGCCAAAUGAAAGGCGAGAACUUAGCAGACAUCAUCAAUGAGACUUUGGAGACUCUUGAGAAAUAUGGGGGCGAAGAUGCUUUCAUCAACAUCAAAUAUCUCAUCCCGACUUAUGAAUCCUGUAUGUUGAAUUGAUCAGGAUGACAAACUUAAUAAAUAAAAAGACCCUGCCGACUA